AUGUUUCAAGCAGAUAGACAGCUCGAUCUUCCGACUAAGGAUAUUCUCUCCUAUAUUUUCGACAACCCUAACUACGACCAGGACAAGCCAAUAUACAUCGAUGUUCACAGUACAUCACGAUCUAUUUCUUGCAACCAGGCGCGGAAGAUCGUUCGCCAGCUCAUCGCUGGCCUGCGAGCUGCGGGAGUCCAGCAAGGGGAUUGCAUCGCCAUCCACUCAUUCAACGAUAUUUACUAUUGCAUGCUAGUCCUCGCCAUCAUCGGUGCAGGUGGUGUGUUCACAGGAACUAAUCCGUCUUACACAGCUGCAGAGCUUGCUCAUCACAUAAAAACUUCUAAAGCCAAGUUUCUCAUAUCAGAACCUGAGAUUCUAGCUCCCCUUCUUGUAGCUGCCAAAGAAAGAAAAAUCUCAGAGGCGAACAUAUGGAUAUUUGACACCCAAGGACAAACACUUCCACCUGGUAGUCGGUCGUGGAAAGGCUUGCUGAAUCACGGCGAACAAGACUGGGUCCGUUUUGAGGACGCGAAUGCCUCGCGCAAUACUGCAGCAGCACGACUUUUUAGCAGUGGUACUACUGGUCUGCCCAAAGCAGUGACAAUCACGCACCUGAAUUUAAUUGCACAACAAGAGUUGACAUCCAAAGCUCAUCCGCGACCCCACAGUGUAUCGCGCGUUGUUGCUAUCCCGAUCUUUCAUGCUGCCGCAGCUCCGUCAACACACGUUGGUGCACUUUCUGGGGGGGAGGUCAUCUACAUGAUGCGUCGGUUUGAGCUGCAGUUGUUCCUCCAAACGUUUGAGAAAUACCAGGUGACUGAAAUGGCGUUGGUGCCGCCUCUUGUCAUUGCCAUUCUAAUGUCGCCCUAUACGAGAACAAGGCCCUUUUUGAAGUCCGUCCGACACGCUUCGUGCGGAGCUGCCCCCCUUGAUAAAGAUUUGCAGGCCAAAGUUCUCCAAUUGAUGGGCGAGGGAGCUACAUUCAAUCAAGUUUGGGGAAUGACAGAAACAUCUUGUAUCGCUACCAUGUUUCCUCACGAUGAACGUGAUGAUUCAGGUUCAAUUGGCCGGAUAAUUCCCAAUGUUGAACUCAAGCUUGUGGAUGAUGAGGGCCACGAUAUUUCCGCCUACGGAGUUCGCGGAGAGAUCUGUGUCCGUGGCCCAACGGUAACACCGGGGUAUUUCGGCAAUCCAAAGGCCAACUCUGAGGGCUUUGAUGUUGAUGGUUGGUUCAAAACAGGCGAUAUUGGAUACUGCGACCAGGUAACGCGGAAAUGGUAUAUUGUGGACCGCAAAAAAGAACUUAUCAAAGUACGCGGUUUUCAAGUAGCUCCUCCAGAGCUUGAAGCUGUUCUGCUUUCACACCCUCAGAUUGUCGAUGCCGCAGUCAUUGGAUUAAGUAUCCCUGGAGCUGAUGGCGAGUUGCCUCGUGCUUAUGUAGUGCGUAGGCCGGGCCCAGCAGGCUCCCAGCUGACUGAAUCAGAAGUGAAGGAGUACCUAUCCACCCGUCUUGCGAAAUACAAAUCUCUGACAGGGGGGGUGAAAUUUGUGGAUACGAUAGCUAAAAAUGCGAGUGGAAAAAUAUUGAAGAGGCUUUUGAGGGAGGACAGUAAGAAAGACUAUUACGCCGGCCAGAUUACGCCCAAGCUGUAG